UCAGUUAUUAGCGAGUCAGUGCUUAAAGUGACCGUUUAAGGAAGGGGACUGACUACAACUUUUAAGAAGUUACUAGAUGACCACCACCAUCGUUCAUCACAGUUCUUCUUUUUCGGAAUACCACCACCAUCAGAUGAAUAGGGUUGUGCAAACACCACAAAUGAUGUCUUCAAUAAAUUUGAUUCCUCCGUGUAGACUCUAUGAUAGUUAUAAUCAGAUGACACCAUCGCCUACAUCAUCAUCAAGUAGCGAUUGGACCACGACACAAGUGCCUUCUUCAGAGCCUUCCUUAUCUCCGCUCGAGUAUUCGCCCCACUACCAAUACAGCACCAACCAAUAUUGGUUUCCGCAAUCACCAUCUGGAAGUACAACCUCUUCGACAAGUUCGGGAAGUUUUUCGCCUGUGACUCAAAGUGGAUAUUAUGCAUACUCAUGGCCACCACCUCAUCAAACAUCUUACGUAAUUCCGUACGGAAUCAAACCCGAAUUUCCAACGAAUUACAUCAAAGGUAGACGAUGCAUUAAAUGCCAGUGUCCGAAUUGUUUAAAAGAAGAACAUGGGGGUGUUAAGACGACAGGAAAAAAGACACACGUGUGUCAUUAUCCAGAUUGCGGGAAAGUUUACGGUAAAACGUCACAUUUACAAGCACAUUUGAGGAUGCAUUCUGGGGAGCGACCUUUCGUGUGUAAUUGGUUAUACUGUGGAAAGAGGUUUACAAGAUCAGAUGAGUUGCAAAGACAUCUUAGAACUCACACGGGUGAGAAGAGAUUUUCUUGUGAUGUUUGUUCGAAAAGGUUUAUGAGAUCGGAUCAUUUGGCAAAACAUGUUAAAACGCACAAAAAUAUCAACAAGAAAAGUACAUCAAAAAAUAACGAAAAUGAAAAAAAAGUAUCAAGUUUAGAUAAUAACCCAGAAACGAAUCCAAUCCAAUCGAGUUCACUUGAAUUACCACGUAUACAAACAUUACCUUCUACAAACCAAUAUUUACAUCAUUUCCAAGAGUCCUCCUCAAGUUAUAUCAACCAAACUGGACAUUAUAGUUUUUAUAUACCACAUCCACAUUUGGUCGAUCAAAGGCAAUGACGAAUCAUUAUGUAUAUUUUUUUUGA